AUGAGUAGCUUCUUGCCUUAAGAUAUUCCUAUCUUAAGUACUCUUGCUAACGAAUUUGCUCUAUUUGACCAUUACUUUGUAAGUUAUCCUGGUUGUACUAAUCCUAAUAGAAUGUUUGUUCAUAUGGGAACUUGUGAUGGAUGUGUAGAUAACGAAUAAGAAAGAGGAUAAAUAAAGAAUACUACUCUCUAGGAAGUUCUUGAAAAAAAUGGCCUCUCAUGGAAAUAUUAUUAUGAAGAUGAUCCAGUAGAGUGGUUCCUUUGGAUUGAAUAUUUUAAUUAAAAUUUCAAUAACACUGCAAAAGUAGCAUAAAUGGAAUAGUUUUAUACUGAUGCUCAAAAUGGCAAUUUAGCUAACUAUACAUUCAUCAAUCCUACUGAAACUGUUAGACCUAAUAUGAAUAAUACUAGAUCAUUUGGAUUACCAAAUGAUUAACAUCCUGAUCAUAGUGUUAAAGAAGGUGAAAGAUUGAUGAAGAAUGUCUAUGAAGCUCUUAGAAAUGGACCUAAAUGGAAUGAAACCCUCUUUAUCAUUACUUAUGAUGAGCAUGGCGGUUUUUAUGAUCAUGUACCUCCUCCUCAAGAAGGUGUGCCUAAUCCUGAUGGUAAAGUGAAUGCAGAAGGAUUUAAUUUUGAUAGACUUGGUAUCAGAGUACCUACAAUUGUUAUUUCUCCUUGGAUUGAGAAAGGAUUGCUAAUUAAAGAGCCUCAACAAUAGUAGAAACCAUUUAACACUUCUUAAUUCGAACACAGUUCUAUUAUUUCAACUAACUUCUCCUAGAACUGA